AGCCGUCGUGGCUCAGUAGGCCUAAGGUAGAUCAAGUCUGUUGGGUUCAAGCUUGUCAGCCAGAGCUCAUGGAAGGCCUCCUCAGCUGCUUUGUGCUCUGGUCAGCCUUUUGCGCCUUCCUCGGUUUCGUCGCGGGGUCGCGCUGCUGCAGGCGGGCCAGCGUCGCGUCGUCAGGCGCUCUCUCGGAGGUCGCGGCUGAGAAGGAGGCGGUCAGCGUUUCGAAGGAGGCGGUCAGCGAUGCUCUUCAGCCAGUACUCAGAAACAAGCAGGGCCGUCACGUCCAGGCAGUGUACCGCGCGAUUUCAGAGCAGACGAUGGUUCACGCAUCGCCUGGUUGCCAAAGGCUUCAGGGAGCGGUGAAGCUCGUGGUCAGGCGAGAGGUGUGCUCUGUGUGCUUCCCCGACAAGCGCCGGCUUUGAGGCGCCCGUCUGUCCAGGGUCAGGCGGGAGGUGUGCUCAGUGUGCUUCCUCGACAGGCGCCGGCUUGGAGGCGCCCGUCAGUUUUCAGAUGUUGCAUAUGUUCCGUCGAGUUGCGCAGCGACAAAUGAACCCAAUCCACGGGGCCCUUUCCCUGUCCCCCCCUCCUCUUCGCCGCUCAGGUCCUCCUGGCCGCUCAGGCCCCCCUUGCCGCUCAGGCCCCCGGUAAGCCCCUG